AUGAACCAAAGGACCUCUUACAGGUGCAUCUGUCUGAUCAGGGCGGCUCUGCCAUGGACCGGACCCACAGAACCCACCGGACCCACAGAAACCCACUGGACCCACAGAAACCCACCGGACCCACAGAAACCCACCGGACCCACAGAAACCCACCGGACCCACGGAACCCACCGGAUCCACAGAAACCCACCAGAUCCACAGAAACCCACCAGAUCCACAGAACCCACCAGAUCCACAGAACCCACCGGAUCCACAGAAACUCACCAGAUCCACAGAAACCCACCAGAUCCACAGAACCCACCAGAUCCACAGAACCCACCGGAUCCACAGAAACCCACCGGACCCACAGAAACCCACCAGAUCCACAGAAACCCACCAGAUCCACAGAACCCACCAGAUCCACAGAACCCACCAGAUCCACAGAACCCACCAGAUCCACAGAACCCACCGGACAGCCCUGGCUGCCACCCUCCCCACCCAGAAAUGGAUUAA